CGGCCCUAUACUGACGACUACAUCAGCAUGUGCCCGUCAAUAUAACCGAAUACCCCUGGCUGAAGUGUUAAUGUCACCAUCCUCAAGAGGAGUAGAGUACAGGCGAGUAAGUGGUUGAGAAACAUCACAACACUUGUUGUCAUCAGAAAUAGUGGUACAACUUUAUAGAAGAUGAAUUUUAACCAUCCUCUAUCUACACCGUUUUCUGUAAGAGACAUUCUAGGGAACUGGACAGAACAUUGUGCUUUAGAUUAUCCUAACAACAUGAAUUUCAUGACUGGAAAUGGACACUGCUUGGACAUGACAGGUAACAACAGAGUAGGGGACCAGGUAGGGUUCGGUAAUAACUCUUCCUGCCUUUACGGCAGUACACCAUCGCCGAGUGUCACACCAAUGCAACAACCUACGUACACUACCUUGUCGUGUAGUCCACCAACUGUGUCCUCUAUGGGAAUGACACUUCACACGAAUCCACAGACAUCUCCUCUCCGCUCGGACCACAUUAUACCCGGGGGCAAUCACAAUCACUCCCAGGCCACGGGGCAGGCCCCACCCGGUCACGUAGGAGUGACGGAAAACACAAACGCCAGCUCAACAAGUAUGGAUCACGAAAUCCCUCAGACCGGAGCUACAUCUUUACCCGCGACAAACAUGCUGGACCAACAUCAGCAUCACCAUAACAGCCUCCAGACAGCAUCACAUGCCAUUACUCCAAAACGUGAAGAAGAUGAUAUCAUCGAAAUGGUUGAAAAGCAUAAACCAAGUAUCCUUAACGAUUCCAGAAACGAAAAUGAGAAAGACAAAACUACGAAAGACAAACAAGCAGAAUGCCAUCUAAUGAAACAACGACAAAAACGAAAACCCAGGGUACUAUUUUCUCAGGCCCAAGUUUACGAAUUAGAAAGAAGAUUUAAACAACAAAGAUAUUUAUCCGCACCGGAAAGAGAACAAUUAGCAAAUAUUCUGAAACUUACCUCAACGCAAGUUAAGAUAUGGUUCCAAAACAGGAGAUACAAAUGUAAGCGCCAACGACAGGAUAAAAACGUGGAAAUGGUCAGCAUGCAGCCGGGACCACCUCGUCGGGUCCAUGUCCCGGUCUUGGUGAGGGACGGCAAGCCGUGCCAGAACGUCACACAACCGUAUUCCGCGCCUUAUAAUGUCAACCCGUUCGCCUACUCAGCACCACCUUACGGAAACACCAUGAACAAUCACGUGUCAACGAUGAACCCAAUGAACCAAAUUCAACAAAGUGGAUACAUUUCACAACAACAGUUAAACCAGGGGAUACGAGCCUGGUGACAAUGAAACACGUGACAGGUGGUUUAUUAAUCUACAAGUGACGUUUCUGUAUCAUAAAAAGUAAUGAUCACCUAAAGACGUGGUGACCCGGAAGUCACCUAGAGACAUAGUGACCCGGAAGUCACAUAGAGAUGUGGUGACCCGGAAGUCACCUAAAGACAUAGUGACCCGGAAGUCACCUAGAGACAUAGUGACCCGGAAGUCACCUGUAGAGAAGGUAACCCUGAAUCAACAACAAAACAACACUUUCCCCACCUAAUCCUGCUUGGUAAGGAUAAAGUUAUGCUCAGAGUGUAUUGAAUCGGGAUUACGGAUGAUGCACAACAUAAACAAACUAGAAGAGGUUGUUUGAUUAAUUUAAUGCCUGUUUACUAUGUCAUGAUCAAUAAUGGCCAUGUCAAAAUAUACCAUCAGGAAUGCACCUUAUGCUGACAAUAUGAUGAUAUGUAAAAUGAACGGUUUUGAUAAAUAUUUGACUUUAUGUGUCUAAUGCUGUAUCUAUAGUUUCCGAAGUUAGACAUACUUAGCGCUUUCUUAUGUCUGGUUUUGCAUAUUCAGCGGCUACUGACAGUUUGGAUAACAAAGAAUAUUUAAAUCUCAGACACGUGCUAUUUUAUUAUUUCAAUGUAAGUUAUACUCAGAAUGUCAUCGUACAUGAUAUCGACAGUAUCAGAGAAUGUUCUGUUUCAGAGAGAGCGAAAUCAAAGAAUUCUUAAGUAAUUGUAGGUGAUGAAUCACAUUGAGAACGUCAUUCUCUAUUUUCAUUUUAUUUGAACUGUUUCCUGAUAUUUUACAGCAUUAAUUGUUUCGUAAGGUAACUGCUCAUUGUUUUAUGUGAGAAUUGCUCUUGGUUAUUUCCAUUUGAUUCGAAAUGACAGCAACUUAUUAAAAUACAUAUUUUUUAUAAAUUGGCAUUCAUCCAACAUGACAAUGUGGCAAGUGUUGAACAAAAACUGACAAAAACCAAACAAACAAUGUUGAUAGCAAGCACCAGCUCCAGUAUUUCUGGCGUCGAUAUAACGUAAAUGUUAUCCAUGAUAAAUAAGAAAUGAUAACGCCAAUAGGUAACAUUCUCUACCAGAAAUGAUUAUCAUCAAAAAGGACACAUGAUUUUUUUAUUUCUAUCUGAUCUAACAAAAAUCUCCCAAGUGGCCACACAUACUGAUUUUGGUGCGAAAAGAUUUAAUCUUAAAUAAAGUCACAAUUAAUAAGUAUUUUGUCAUUUGUAAUCACGUAUCACAGGAACACAAGUUUGCUUUCAAUUACCCGCCUAUAACAAAGACAUUACAUAUUUGUUUGCUUUACAAGAUCAAUGUAAAUACUUGAUUUCAGUCUUACUCAGGAGAAACCAGGCAUAACGCCGACUAUAAUUGUCGUCUCGCUUUGAACUCGUCUCGAACACAUUCCUAUGGUUUUUACCCAAUCUCAGUAUUGUAAGUUUGUAUAACGCUAUACAAACAUUAUUUUGUCAUUUUUAAGCUAGUCAUAUACAUAUUGUUUUAUGUUCUUUCUCAAAUGUGGAUGGUUUGUACAGAAUAAUAGAAAAUGUUGAUGAAGAGAUAAUUUUUUAUGCAUAUAUGGAUUAUAUGUGAUGCAAUGUACAGAUUGUUUAAUACGUUUAGAUUUUCUUCCCUUGCUUGAUUUACAAAUAUUAAUUACUGGAAUAGCUCAUUAGUUAAGAUUCAUUAGUAAUUAAUUUUAAAAUGUUUCAUGUUCUUUUGUUAGUAUCAAAAUGUACCAGAGUCACGUGUGUAAGUGUAAAUGUUCGUCUUCACCUUCCUUGUGUGCUGACUGUGGAAUCACCUUAAUUGGACGUGACUGCGACAAUUAUAAUAUGUGUGUGUGACGUCACUCAUGGAGUGGGUGUAUGCCAUCAUCCUUAACUGCCUUAUACGAUUGUUGUUGUAAAAUAUGUGUGUAAGAAUAUACAAAGUAUGAUGGUGCAGCGAAAGAUUGAUCGAUAAUAAAAAUCUAUGGCGAUUUGAAAUAAA